GCGUUUGCGAAGCGCGGAUGCCAAUAUGUCGUUGCACAAUUUGUGAUUUUUGAUCUUAAAAGCUCUACCUUAUCAUGGCAAACCUUCCUACGGAGAAAGUAAACGAACUAAAGCAACUUAUACACAGCCAUCUUAAUCAAACUGAUGUACAAUCCAAAAUAAAAAGCUGUUUAGAUAAUUCUUUUGGUGCUGAAGGUGACGCAAGGAGCGGUGGAGUUGACGAAAAUGCCAUUCUCAAUGUUCUCAGGGAACGAGGUGUCAUCAGCGAUGUCAUGAGGACGUUGAAAUUUGAAGGAAUCGGUAGAACAGAGGGGAGAGGUGUAGGGAAGACUGCCACAGAGCGGCUGGCACAAGUGACAAGUACAGACGAUACAACUCCUGCAAAAGUGAGCUUGGAUCCAACGAAACGUUACCUCUACUUGCAAGUGUUGGGUGGAAGAGCUUUUUUAGAACAUUUGCAAGAACCAGAGCCAUUGCCAGGACAACCUACAUCCACCUUUACCUUGCAUCUUCAUUUUAAAGGCCAAAGGUUUAGAUCCAGACCGGCAGCUUGCUCAUGUGAACCAGACAUUCAUGAAGGAUUUUUACUUGAACUUCAAAAAGACAGGAGUAAAAUAGCAAAUGCUGUGACCUUGCUCUCAAUGACAGAUGAAAUUCAUAUCUUACUCAUUAAAACAAACCCAAGCGGUGACAAAACGCUAGUCGGCUCACACAGUUUGAAAUGGCGGACAAUAUUGGCUGCUGAGAGUGGCGGCCUGCGGAACUCUAUUGAGAUCAAUGGAGUUGGGGCAGAGUCAAAGGUUCCUGUGGGGGUUCUGGAUAUGAAAUUGGAGAUUAUACCAAGAUUAAGUCAAAUUUUACAAAAAGAUGUAAUUCGAACACAGGAAGACCUUGAACGCAGCAAGAUUUCUGAACGUGAACGGUUAUUCCUGGUCUAUGCGAAACAAUGGUGGCGUGAAUUUCUACAGAUCCGCUCCGGGCACUCUGAUCGUCUCGUCAAGAUAUUCGCCCAAGACGAGACGGGCACGAACCGACUCACGUGUUCGUUUGUUAGACCAAUCAGAGCAGGGCGACUCAUUGAUUCUGCGCGGGAAGCUGCGAGAUUUGUCAGUUUAAUCGCUUAUGAAAAGUCUGAAAAUGUCGGAGGUGGACGGACAGAGAUGUGGUCAAACGCGCAUUCAUUUUUAUGCAAGAAUAAAGGGGAUUGUGAAGACCACGCUAUACUCUUAUGUAACCUUCUACUUGGCUUUGGUCUUGACGCGUAUGUUACCAUAGGAACAAAAGGAAAGGGCGUGGCUCAUAGCUGGGUGACGACGAUCAGUCCCAGCGGUGAAGUCAUCUUCUGGGAGAGUUUAACAGCUCAAAGGUUCAUUCAUUAUUUUAUUGAUCCUGACGAUCCUCCAUUGGACAAACAGCUUCGAAAACUCGAUCAUCCUUACCAAACUGUGGGCUGUAUUUUCAACCAUCGUACGUUCUAUGCAAAUUGCCAGCCAUCAAAUCGUGUGGAUGUGUGUCGCUUCGAAUUACAAAACAAAUCCUUGUGGAAAGCUAUGAGCGAAGAGGCUAUUAAAUCUGUGUGUGGAAACCUCGGACUGCCAACAGCUGCUGUGUUUCCACCUCUCUGUCCUUCGUCCAUUGACGCAACCACUGCGAGCAAUCAUUUAGAAUACAGUUUGCGAUCGUUGGUGGAGGAUCUUAGGCAGGAUAUGGGUUUAGGAACGAUUUGGGAUGAUGAACUUAGUUAUUUAUUGACUCCAGCGUUGGCAGGUUAUGAGUUGGAACACAAGACGGGACUCUCAGUAGGAAAUGAGGAGUUUCAACACGCGAUUCGUCAGAAUGUACCAGACGGUCACACAUUCAAAGGAUUUCCAAUCCAGUUCGUUCACAUGAACCCCAGACGGGCGCUUGGAACGUGCUUGAGGUCUCCUGUGUGCGAAGAGAUCGUGCGUUGUCAAGGAGAUCACGUCAGACAUGCAUUACGUGUGCGCGUAUUUCCGUACCCAGAAUCGACAUGCGCAGUGUGGAUAAUGUUUGCUUAUGCCCCAGGAGUAGAAUUGCAAGGAAAGUUGCAAGGAAAGUGUAUCCAGGGUGUAACCAUCAGUGGGUGUAACACACGGCAUUAACGUGUAACAUUAAGUUUCCC